AUGAUGAUGAUGUCCCUGAACAGCAAGCAGGCGUUCAGCAUGCCGCACGGCGGCAGCCUGCACGUGGAGCCCAAGUACUCGGCACUGCACAGCGCCUCGCCCGGGUCCUCCGCGCCCGCGGCGCCCUCCGCUAGCUCCCCUAGCAGUUCGAGCAAUGCUGGCGGCGGUGGUGGCAGUGGCGGGGGCGGUGGAGGCCGUAGCAGCAGCUCCAGUAGCAGUGGCAGCAGCGGCAGCAGCGGCGGGGGCUCCGAGGCGAUGCGGAGAGCGUGUCUUCCAACCCCACCGAGCAAUAUAUUCGGCGGGCUGGAUGAGAGUCUGCUGGCCCGCGCCGAAGCUCUGGCGGCCGUGGACAUCGUCUCCCAGAGCAAGAGCCACCAUCACCACCCGCCCCACCACAGCCCCUUCAAGCCGGACGCUACCUACCACACCAUGAACACCAUCCCGUGCACUUCGGCUGCCUCUUCUUCGUCGGUGCCCAUCUCGCACCCGUCCGCACUGGCGGGCACGCAUCACCACCACCACCAUCAUCACCACCACCACCAUCAGCCGCAUCAGGCGCUGGAGGGCGAGCUGCUGGAGCACCUGAGUCCCGGUCUGGCCCUGGGUGCCAUGGCUGGCCCCGACGGCGCCGUAGUGUCCACGCCAACUCAUGCACCGCACAUGGCUACCAUGAACCCCAUGCACCAAGCAGCGCUCAGCAUGGCCCACGCGCAUGGGCUGCCCUCACACAUGGGCUGCAUGAGCGACGUGGACGCCGACCCCCGGGACCUGGAGGCAUUCGCCGAGCGGUUCAAGCAGCGACGCAUCAAGCUGGGGGUGACCCAGGCCGAUGUGGGCUCCGCACUGGCCAACCUCAAGAUCCCUGGUGUGGGCUCGCUUAGCCAGAGCACCAUCUGCAGGUUCGAAUCCCUUACGUUGUCGCACAACAAUAUGAUCGCGCUCAAACCCAUCCUGCAAGCGUGGCUCGAAGAGGCCGAGAAGUCCCACCGAGAGAAGCUCACCAAGCCGGAGCUCUUCAACGGCGCGGAGAAGAAGCGCAAGCGCACGUCUAUCGCUGCCCCAGAGAAACGUUCUCUUGAAGCCUACUUCGCCAUCCAGCCGCGGCCCUCCUCCGAGAAGAUCGCCGCCAUCGCGGAGAAGCUGGACCUUAAGAAAAACGUGGUGCGCGUCUGGUUCUGCAACCAGAGGCAGAAACAGAAAAGAAUGAAAUAUUCUGCGGGCAUUUAG